AUGGAAACCAAGCCAUCCAAGUCCAGCGUCCUCCUAUACUUUCUUGUUCUUGCGCUAGUCUUGUCUCCUAUACUCCCAUGUCAAGCAACUAGUGUGCAUCUUGGAGGUGGAGGGCGUAAGUUGAUGGCACCGUCACCACCACUUCUCAUGUGUCCACACUGUGCGUGUUGCGCAGCGGCUAAACCUGGCUUUUGCUGCCCAUGUAGCUGUUCCGGUGGUCCCUAA